GACACGAGCCUUGCUUUCUUUGUCUGGCGGUGGCGGUCUCUCACCCCGUCUCCGGCAUGGACGUCCUGGCACCGCUGUCCCGCGCGCAUAUCGGCUCACCGGCCGCGGCGGUCGCCUCUGCUCGCCCAUACGUUCUCCAUCGUUUCAACCGGCGGACCAUCCGCCGCCGAGGCGCCGGCCUGCGCUGCCGCCGGCGCCUGCUCAGCGCGCGGGGAGAGCGCCCGGCUCCCGAUGACGAUGAGGACGACGAGGAGCUGGCUGGGUUCGACGCAGCGGUGGCGCUAUUCAACGGCGGGGAGUACCACGCGUGCCACGACGUGGUAGAGGAACUCUGGUACAGCGCCGAGGACCCCGGUCGGACGCUCCUCCACGGCGUCCUCCAGUGCGCCGUAGGCUUCCACCACCUCUUCAAUCAGAACCACCGCGGCGCCAUGAUGGAGCUUGGGGAAGGCCUCUGCAAGCUCCGCCGCCUGCGCCUCGAGGACGAUGACGACCAAGGGCCCUUCUCUCGAUUCCGGGAUGAGGUCGCCGCCGUGCUCAGCUUCCUCUACCGCACCCAGAAGGAGCUCGCGGCAUGUAACGACGAGCUGUGCUUGGCCAUGGAUGGCUCCGCGACCUCGUACCAGCUGCUCGGCGACUUCGCUGCCGGGCAGCGGCUGUACCGGCAGGGAGUCGACGCGGACGGCGUCCCGAGCAUCCUCUUCUCCGGUCGCGCAUCCGGCGACUACCUCGCUCCUCCAUGCACGGUGAAACUUCCAUCGCUACACGCCACGGAGCAGCACCUCGCGGCGCUCCAGCGCGCGCACGAGUACUCGUAGCUAGUCCCAUUUUUGAGUAUUUAACCAAAAACUACCACAAUUCACGGAACUGUGACGAAAAACUACCACUUUACGAUUCUGUGCGAAAAACUACCACUUUUUUCUAAUCCGUGGCAAAAAACUACCAAGUCGCGAAAUCGCUCGCUUGGCCCGCGCUAAGCACAAAUCUGACCGCUUGGACCCACGAACCAGGUGCCACCCUGGCCAUCCUUCGCGCCGGAGCCACACCCGCACGCGCGCGCCCGCUCCCGCCUCGCCGUCGUCGCUCCCACCUCGCCGUCGUCGUGCCCACCAAGCUCCUGGGGCCGGCCACUGCUGCGUGGCCGCCAGCGCCGCGCUGCUGCCCCCGCCGUGAGCGACGACGGCUGCCCCCGCCGCACUGCUGCCCCCGCCGUCGUCGUGCCCAUCAAGCUCCUGCCGUCGCUGUUGCCCCCGCCGCGACCGCGCGAGAGAUUGCGUCGCCGUGAGGCAGAGCAGCGCGUCGCAGAGGAGGAGGUGGAGGGGCGGGCGGCUCCAGCGGUGACCCGCAGCGGCUCUGGCGGUUGCAACAACGACCCGUGGCGACUCCAGCGCUGACCCGCGGCGAGUGGCUCCAGCGCUGACCCGUGGCGAGCGGCUCCAGCGCUGACCCGCGGCUGCCGCGGCGAGCGACUCCAGCGGUGAAGGGCGGCGGCGGCAGGUGCGAGGAGCCCGGGCGGCCGGAGGCGGGGGCGCGGCCGCGUGCGUAGCAGGUGUGUGCGGGCAGGUGUUGGCGAGCGAGCGUGGUACGGGGACAGCGACCACGGUGCGCAUGGCGAGGGGCGGCCACGAGCGCCGCGGGCGCGCGCGUGCGGGUGCGGCUCGGAGCACGAGCUCCGGCGCGCGGCCAAGGAGUAGAGGGGAAGCAGCGGGCGCUGACAAUGGCGAGCGAGCGUGGUACGGGGACGACGACCGCGAGCUGCACGAGGUGGUCGUGGACGCGGCGAAGUGCGGGCGAGAGGGUCACCAGAGUGCACGCGAGGUGUUCGAGGAAAUGCCAGAGAGAGGAGGAGGAGGAGGAAGAAGAAGAUUGAUGCUGACAGGUGGGCCCAUCCUGUCAGAAAUGCGUUUAGAAGAGGCGAAGCGAGCGAUUUCGUGACUUGGUAGUUUUUUGUCACGGAUUAGGAAAAAAGUGGUAGUUUUUCGCACAGAAUCGUAAAGUGGUAGUUUUUCGUCACGGUUCCGUGAAUUGUGAUAGUUUUUGGUUAAAUACUCCCCAUUUUUGUUGUAUACUCGUAGUUAGGUAGCCAGCAAGAUGCAACAAAUUCGAUGAAACUUUGUAAACAAAUUCCAGGGCAAUCUGAUACUACUCGUUUAUUUUCUGAAUGGAGUAGAUCAAGCCACGCAAUGUUGACAUGUUUGACUUUAAAAAACAUGCACUACAUUUUUGAAUGACAA